AUGAUGAUGGCCGCGCGCGGCGAGUUUUUCUUAUCGGAGCCAAUAAUCCAUCGCAUACAAUCUUUUCUCAAUGGAAGAGAAGCUGCGCAAACAACUGUCCUGUCUAAAUCUUGGCGCCAAGCCUGGCUCACUCGCCCCAACUUGGACUUUGAUACGUCCCACUUUUCCACUCUUGUUGAAUUCCCAGAGUUUAUGGACAAGACUAUUCGAAGCCUUGAAAUUCGUGAAUCGCGUCAACCUUGUUGCUUUGUUGUGCCGGCUGAGGUGUUUGGCUGCAGAGACCUUGUGGAACUAUCUCUGAAUGGGGGAAAAAUCGGCUUUGCUCCCGAGCAUCAGGUACAAUUUCCGAGGCUCAAAGCCCUUAGUUUAAGCGACGUCGGGCUAGAAAGUGAUGAAGUAAUUUCUGGUUACUUUUGGGCUGCCCCUUGCUCGAAAAACUGUCACUCACACAGCAAACAUAGCUUCAAUUAUGACGUGUGGGAUUUCAAUGGUUUGACGCUUCACCAAGUCGAGGAGUUGACGAUAGAUGUCAUGGACUGCGACAUGCCGUCUUUGACUAGUUUUGCUAUUUUUGAUGGUUUGUUUCGAUUGUGCCGUCCAAAGUUCAUCACUCAGCAGAAUCAGACUCUUGACGCCCCGCGUGAUUUCCUUUUUAAGACAUUUCUCAGGCACGAAAUAAGCCACGAAUGCUCGGCUAGGAGCCUUGGUAUGUAUGGUUUGCGGCAUCUUGAGGAAGUAAGAGCUCAGAUUUUUUAUGCAGAUGUUUACACUUGGUGGCUUAUUACGUGGGAUACUUGGGAUGCUUUGAAGGACAAGAAGAAAAUCCGGUUCCAGUUGAAGUGGAGAGAUGAAAGCCAGCAGGUUAAUUAA